AUGAGAUUGAAAGGGUCCUAUAGUAUGCCAGUUUCAAGACCCGUCUUUCUCACACUACUUGGCACCUUACUUGGAUUAUCUUUAACGUAUUGUGUAUCUUCUGUCGCUCGACUUCAAAAGCAGCCGUCGUCCUCAUCGUCAGAAUGCUCUCAGCUCGUCGAACCUCGACAACGAACGGGUCUGAUCCUGAUGGGUAUCAUGACAGCCGCCAAAUACGUCGAUACGCGUGCCUACAACGUCUGGAAGACGUGGGCGAAACAUGUUCCCGGCAAGGUGUUGUUCUUCGUGGCAGAGAACACCGAAACCAUCCAUCCGGAUCUACCACUGAUUCGCCUCAAAGGCGUGGACGACACGUAUCCUCCACAAAAGAAGAGCUUCGCGAUGGUCAAGUGGAUGGCGGAGAAUUAUCUGGACGAGUUCGACUGGUUCCUGCGAGCCGACGAUGACCUGUACGUGCGAGGUGAAGAACUGGAAAAGUUCUUGCGAUCCCUGGAUUCAUCAAGGGCACACGCAAUCGGUCAAGCUGGUCUGGGUAACAGUGCAGAGUAUGGUCUACUUGCAUUAGGAUCUACUGACAAUUACUGUAUGGGAGGUCCUGGAGUAGUAAUGAGCAAGGAGACAUUGCGAUUGUUGUCUCCGCAUCUUGAAUCAUGCCUGCAACAUCUACUGACUACUCAUGAAGACGUUGAGUUAGGUCGAUGCAUCCGACGGCAUGUGGGGGUUGCUUGUACGUGGAACUAUGAAAUGCAAAAGCUGUUCCACAACAAUCAGACGGCAGCCAAAGCAUAUACGGGUGAUUUAUCGGAGGUCAGGGCCGCCAUAACAGUGCAUCCCAUCAAGGAUCCAGCUGUAAUGCGUCGCGUCCAUGUGCAUGAUCGUGCCUUUCGUCUGCAGGCACUACGAGCACAUCGCGUUGCCCUGCGCACGGAGCGUAGCGACGUACAACAACCGACAUUAGUACGUAUCAUGCCAAACAGUUCACGUGAUCUGACACCAUGGGAUUAUAUCAAUAACAACAAAAUUCUUUUCUGUGCGGAUCGUGUCAACUGUCCGAGGCAUACUGUAGAUUUGAGCAUCAGGACUGAGAUGGGAGAUAUUGUAACUCAGCUGUUCGAGGAAUUCAACUCAAAUGCUCGCCAGAGAGGAAGAGUGCUACAAUUCCAAAGUCUGCAAUACGGCUACAUGAGGGUUGAGCCACGUUACGGUGUCGACUACGUCUUGGACAUGAUUUUAUGGUUCAAGAAAUUCCGACCUCCACACCGUACUACGUUGUCUGUACGACGACAUGCAUACGUUCAACAGGUGUUUGCACCGCUUCAAGCACUUUCUGAAAGGAACAUGAGAUCGAAUCUACGGAGAGGUAGCAAUUUCACUGGAGAAAAUGCUCAUUUACAUAUGAUUUUACCACUGAAAGGACGAGCGGAAAUAUUUGCGCGGUUUGCUGGUCACCUUAAAAACAUCUGUGCUCGUGCUGGUGAUAUUUCUCUUGUAGUUGUGCUGUACGCUAGUGAGGAUGAAAGGGCCAACCGAGCGACGAUUGAAGAACUGCGCCAAAGUUUUGUGAGAGUAGAGGUAAUCGAAAUGGACGAUGCCCCUUUCAGUCGAGGAGUAGCCUUGAUGAAAGGAGCCGAGCGCGUUUCUGCUGAUGGGUUGAUGUUCUUCACAGACGUCGACAUGUUGUUCACAUGCGAUGCACUUCAUCGUAUAAGGCUGAACACAAUCCUCAACGCCCAGGUUUACUUCCCCAUCGUUUUCUCGGAAUUUUCACCAGAGAGUUGGUCAGAGAAUGACCGUUUGCUCGCGGAUGCCUUCCAUUACGGCAGAAGAAGAGGCUAUUUCAGACAUUUUGGUUAUGGUCUUGCAGCUUUGUACAAGGCCGACUUGAUCGCUAUUGGGGGAUUUGAUACGAAGAUCGAAGGAUGGGGACUGGAAGAUGUCGACCUAUUUGAGAAGGCUGUCAAGGCGCGCUUACGGAUUAUUCGAUCUCCAGAACCUGGCUUAGUACACAUCUACCACCCAAUUCAUUGUCCAGAAACUAUGCCUCAAGCACAACGGCAUAUGUGUCAUGGCUCAAAGGCGGCUAGCCUUGCAUCGAUUGACGCGCUGGUAGACCAAAUAUCACACUACACGUAA